GUCGCAGAGAGAGAGAUGAGUGGUGGUGCGAUGAGCUCAGUGGUGGCGAACGGUGGUGGUCAGUCGCAUACUCACAAGGUGUUCGUGUACGGCAGCCUCAUGGCGGAGGAUGUCUGCCGAGUCCUCUUAAAUCGUGUCCCUCAAUCCUCCCCUGCCAUUCUCAAUGGCUAUGAUAGGUAUAGCAUCAAAGGAAGAGUUUAUCCGGCGAUUCUUCCGGUCGAGAAUAAAAAAGUUGCUGGCAAGGUGUUAUUGGAAAUAACAGAUCCUGAAUUGCAUAUUUUAGAUGAAUUUGAGGAUGUGGAGUAUGAGAGGAGCUCUGUUGAGGUCUCCUUGAUGGAUAGUUCUGAGAGUUUGCUAGCUCAGGCUUAUGUUUGGAGCAACAAAAAUGAUCCAAACCUGUAUGGAGAUUGGAAUUUUGAGGAAUGGAAACAAUUACACAUGAAAGAUUUCCUCAAGAUGACUUCCGGUUUUAUGGAAGGGCUGGAGCUGCCUGAAGCAAAGCCGAGGGUUGCAACAUACGAGUCCUUCUUUCAGCAGGAUCGCGAGAAUCCACCAGUGUCAUAAUUCUAGGUUCAGUUUGUAGAUACUGAUCCGUAUAAACCGUAUCUGUCAUUCUAUGAUCCGUAUUCAGCGUAUUUCGUAAUAAUUGAAGCAACUUUCUGUAGUUGUUUGAAGCAUUUACCAAGGACAAGUAUUUGUUACCAGCAUCUACAAGUUUUAUGGAGUUAUGAUUAAUUGUUAAGUUUCUUUUGGCUCAA